GCGAGCAUCCCCCCCAAAACGUUCGGCGCGCGCCGCCGUCACCACACCUCUCUCGCCCCCUCCUCCUCCUCUUCCCCUCCGCCGCCGCUUUUUCUCCCCGCCUCGUCCUCCCCACGCCCCAUUUCCUCGCCCGCCGGGCGCAAGGAUGGGCGGCCGAGGGGAACCGCCGCCGCCGCUGUCCCUCUAAAGCGAGGGGCGGCCAUAAUAGAGACCGGGGGUGGGGGGUGGGGAAGCCCCAUUGCUUCAGUCCGCUGCCCUUAGGAAGUCGAAGGCCAGGCAGGCGGCCGCCCGCCCGCCCGGCUCUUGCAUCUUCUUCCUCGGCGUCGUCGGCAGCAGCAUCAUCCGCAGCAUCCUCGGAAGCCGUCUCGCCGUGAAGUCGGCGGCGCCGGCAGCCGCGCGGGGCCGUCCGUCCCUGCAUGGGGGGUCUGGGGUCGCCCGCCUUCCUUCCCGCCGGCCCUUGGAAGAGGAGGCGGCGGCGCCGGCGGCGGCGGUGUCUCCCGCCCUCGGCCUCCCCGGGACUGACGACUCGGCGAGCGGAGGAUGGCGCUGGGCUUGGCGCUCUGCAAAGGGCCGCGGGCGUCGCGGCUGCCGGUGGGCGCCAGCGCUUUGGGCUUCCUGGUGCUUUACUGGCUCUACAUCUUCCCGGUCUACCGGCUGCCGGACGAGAAGGAGAUCGUGCCCGAGGUGCUCCGGCAGCAGGGCAGGGCUUGGCGGAGGAACCACAGCGCCGCGGCCGAGUUCAGGAAACUUCUCAAAGAUUGUUGCGAUCCGAGCCAUCUCUUUGCAAUGACGAAACAAAAUUCGCCGGUGGGAAAGAGCAUCUGGUACGAUGGCGAAUUUCUGUACUACUUCACAAUUGACAACGAAACCUUCUCACUGUUUCCAAAGGUGAUUCCAUUCCAGCUGCCGUUGAAGAGGUGCUCUGUGGUGGGCAACGGAGGGAUUCUGAAGAACAGCCGCUGUGGCAAGCAAAUCGAUCAAGCGGACUUCGUCAUGAGAUGUAACCUCCCUCCCCUAAGCAAGGCAUACAGCAAGGAUGUAGGAUCAAAAACUCAACUGGUAACAGCGAAUCCAAGCAUAAUUAAUAAAAGGUUCCAGAACCUUCUUUGGUCCCGAAAAGCAUUCGUGGACAAGGUUAAAGUCUACAACCAGAGCUACAUCUACAUGCCAGCUUUCUCCAUGAAAGCAGGGACCGAGCCUUCCCUCCGAGUCUACUACACCCUCACCGACGUCGGAGCCAAGCAAAAGGUCAUCUUCGCCAACCCUAACUUCCUACGGGACAGCGGCAAGUUUUGGAAAAGCAAAGGGAUUCACGCCAAACGGCUUUCCACCGGCCUCUUCUUGGUCAGCGCGGCUCUCGGUCUCUGCGAAGAAGUGACGAUUUACGGUUUCUGGCCUUUUUCAACAGACCUCCAUAGGCGGUAUAUUAGCCAUCAUUACUACGACAACGUUUUGCCAGAUUCCGGCUUCCAUGCCAUGCCGGAGGAGUUCUUACAGCUGUGGUUUCUCCACAAGAGAGGGGUUUUACGAAUGCAGCUGGAGCAUUGCGAGGACUCUUGAGUUUGCUCUACGAGGAGCGCCAAACUUUGGGUAUCACAGUUGCCGGUGCUUGCUUCACCCGGCAUCGGCAGAAAGAAACAAACCAAGAAACAUUGUGGGUGGGAGGGAGGGGUUUGCGGGAACGAAACAACCUUUUAACAAACGUGCAUGGACUUCAAUUCAUAAACUCAACGCCAACCGAAGACUUGAGAUUUUAUGACAUUGAUGUGGGAGCUCCCCAGUGGAUAUUAGUUUGCAUAUAUUUAUUAUAUAUAUGCAGAAUGCAACGGUCCGUUGGGGAGCUUCUAAAUAGGAACCGAAGAGUAUGUUUACAAAGGGCUUUCAACAAUUGCGUGGAAUAUUUCCCGUUGCUCAGAUAUACAACGGAUUCCCAAAAUUACUGGGAGAUGCGUUUCAUUUGCUUUUUUUAAUUUGUUCCUGAGGCUGGAUUUCCAAAAGGUGCCUGAGUUUCAUUUUCAUUUUGUUCACAAAAAUAUUGAAAGUAUAGCAGAAAGGGCCAAGUUCUCCUCCUCCUCCCCCCUCCUUGUUCUUCCCCUCAUCCUCCCCUCUCCUAGUCCUCCUCCUUAAGAAAACAGCAACUUACUUUCAAUAGUGUAUUAAAUAAUG